AAUACAUUGGGGGAGCUCAGUAACUUUAACCAUGGGACCAUCAUAAUGUGGCAUAUGGUCAACAAUAAUUAAUGUUAUUGUCAUUUUAAAUGUCUACUGUAGUAGGACUUAUGACAACUUAUCCACAAAGUGGUCCAGAGAAAAUUCACAGAACCUUGGCUGAGUCAGUACUGAGUUCCAAACAGCUUGUGCAAGCAGCAUCAGCACAAUAGCUGUUCGGUGGGAGUUAAACAACAUUGGUUUCCAUGGCUAAGCAGCUGCCCAGAAGCCUAAAAUCAACAAGCACAAUUCCAAAUGUGAACCAGAGUGGUGUAAAUUAUCACCACUGAACUAUUGGAAAGACUUUCUCUGGACUGAUGAUUGGUCUAUUGCUUCACUCUGCAGCAGUCUACUGGAGAAGUCUUCGUUUAGUGGAGGCCUGGUAAACAUUCUCUACUUCAGUGUGUAAUGCCAACUGUAAAUGUGCCGUUUGGGGGAUUGUUUUUCCAAAUAUUAAAGACGUACAAGUGAAGGUGAAGUAAGUGGUUCAACCUAUCAAGAAUUGAUGCAUUUAAAUUUAAAGGGUGGUGGUAGCUCAGUGGGUAAGGUGUUGGUCUACUGCGCAGAAGGUUGUGAGUUCAAACCCCAGCAUCACCAAACUGUUGGGCUUUUGAGCAAGGCUCUUAACCCUCAAUGGCUCAGAUGGAUGAAUGAGAUAAGUGUAGUCACUCUGGAUAAGGGUGUCUGCCAAAUGCCGUAAAUUCUAGUAACAAAGUUACUGAAAUGACAGGUCCAGUGAUCCUUUUCUUUCUUCUUUUUUUUCUCCCCUCUCUUCUUCCUUUCUUCUCCUCCCCGGAACCCAUAGUAGGAACACUGGGUGCGAGGAAGAAAUUAAUUCUGGAUAGGAUGCAGUCCAUUACAGUGGUCCAUUACAGCACACCAUGCACACACACAUUAAUACAUACCUAGGGCAAUCUAAUCUAGCCAAGCCACCUACAUGCAUGUUUUUUGAGAGGUGGAAAAAACCUAGGGAUAAAAUGAACGUAGGAAAGUAGAAAGUAGCCCAAGCUCAGGAUUUUAACCAGGGACCCUGGAACCAUGCCACUUUUAAUUGUAAAUAUAUCUAGGUGUAAGUAUAGCAAUAACCUUGGGAUAUUUAAAGGAAAUAAUGAAUGCCAUUCCUUAAACAGGAUACAUGUUAAACUUGAACAGCAAUUAGUUUCACCUCUUGUAUAUUAAGAAGCACUUUGCUUGCACAGCUGGAAGACUUCUGUCUGGAACAUUCCGUUUCUCAAGAUACCUCGUAUAAUACUCCAGUUUUUCCGGCCUCAAAGUGUAAAGGUUGUCUUCUGAUUAGAGUAAGGACCUGGCUGUUUUAGCCUGGUUAAGGACACUACUGGCAAGGAAGCCUCACUGUGCUAUUAGCCUUCCUGUCUGACUCUGCUUAACCUAUAUGUUAAAUUCCUCUAGUGUCUGAUAUUCAGGCUGCAAGAUUUAAGGAUACAAAGCUGUAUUCACCCUCCUCCUCUGUGGGACAACCCAGCUGCAGCCAGGCAGAUUAACCCUGCUGUCUCAUUCAUUCUAUUUGCCACUAGAUAUCUCAGUUCUUCUGUUGUCACAAACAUGAAUCACGAAUGGAUUGGUUUUUUCCAUGUUUGCAGACUUGAAUCACUAAUGAGUCAGCUGCUGGGCAUCACCAUGGAUGUGAAUUACAUACAGAUCAAUGAAUUACAGACUUUAGUUUAAUCAUACCUAAGAUCUUGUAGUGUACAUGCUCCUCUCAUGUAGAAGUGAUGGUCAGGGUUUGUGUGCUUUUCUGAUUUUCUCUUGUAUUUCCCUGAUGUGUCAUGGGUUACGAAUUUGUGGAUAAACAGGGAUCUUAAGUGUCACACUUGCAGCUGCUCAAAAGGACUGCAAUUAGGGCAGCAUGGUGGCACAUCGGAUGGCAUUGCCACCUCACAGCUCUGGGGUCCCCAGUUUGUGUUACUGAAUUUAUGAUAUGCAUGUGUUGCAUAGGUUGCAUAGGUUUCCUCUUGGUUCUCUGUCAACUCUCACCUCCUAAAAACAUGCCUUCAUGGAUUUGUAGGUAAUGUGUAUGUACAGGGUGCAGUGGACUGGCAUCCCAUCCUGGGUGUAUUCCUCCCUCACUCAGGAUAGUCUGUGAUACUCCUGAUGCACCGUGACACCAAACAAGAUAAAAAGUGGUUACUGAAGAUGAAUGAAUGGAUUUAUGCUUUUUAUAAGGAACACCUGUACAUCUGAUAAUUUAUGCAAUUAUCCAAUCAGCUAUUCAUGUGACAACAGCAUAACACAUAAAAACCUUCAGAUAUAGAUAAACAGUUUUAGUUAAUGUUCACAUCAAAUGAGAAUGUGAUCUUGACUGUGGCAUGGAUAUUGGUACUAGAUGGGCUGGUUGAGUAUUUCAGAAACUGCUGAUCUCCAGGGUUUUGCACAACAAUCUCUAGAGUUUACAUGGUGUAGAAUGGCGUGAAAAACAAAAAUAUCCAGUUGCAGGCCGUUCUGCAGGCAGAAAAGCACCCCAGAAUGCACAAUAUGCCAACAAGCAGGAGACCACAUCAUUUCCACCUCUGUCAGCCAGGAACAGGAAUCUGAGGUUAAACUGGGCACAGGCUCACCAAAACUGGACAGUUAAAUAUUGGGAGAAUGUCACCUGGUCUUUUUCCAGUCUUCAACUGCCCAGUUUUCAUAAGUCUGUUUCUUGCUGUUUUGUUUUGUUUUUGUUGUUUAUUUUAUAUUGUGUGGCAAUUUACCUGAGCCACAAGAAUUUCAAUGUGCAAACAUCCUUGACAUUUUGUGCAUAUGACACAUAAAAGACUUUGCAAUGGCACAUAUCUAAGUAAAUGGUCUGCACUUAUAUAGCACUUUUAUCCAAAGUGCUUUACACAUUUACAUGUCUCCAUUCACUCACACACCAAUGGUAGCAGAGCUGCCAUGCAAGGUGCUAACUUGCCAUCAGGAGCAACUUGGGGUUCAGUGUCUUGCCUAAGGACACUUUGGUAUGUGGAGUUGUGUGGGCUGGGACUUGAACUGCCAACCCUAUGAUUAGUGGACAACUUGCUCUACCACCUGAGCCACAGCCGCCCUAUAAGCAUAUUUUGUUUUUUGGGGGUUGUUUUUGGUCAGGGUUUACUUUGUGGGUGAUCUACAGGGAUCAUUAAUGUAAUUGCUUGCCACUCCUCAGAAGAACUUGUAAUUAAAUAAAUUAAACUAAACAAUCUCUUUGAUUUUGCUGGAGUGUCCCCCAGAUAUUCGUCCCAUAACAAAACUGAUAUAGCCUUCAUAACCCAAGUAAAAUAUUUUACCGAUAGACUUUUUAAUUAUGACCAUGCCAAGAAUGCAUAUCUGUUUUAUCUUUGCUUUUUAAUUAUGUGGAGUCCUUUGAAGUUACAAAAGCUAUAUGUCUGAUAAAAGUGUCUGAGUGCCAGUAGUCUAGAACCUUGUGCACCAGGUCAGGUGGCUGUGAUGUAGGGUCAAAAGCUUUUAACUCACUCAGAGAUUAACAAUUAUUUAAUUGAAUACCUUAAAGUGUUUUAACUAAUUUAGAGCUAUAAAAGAGCCAUGCUGUAAAAUCUAGUCUUUUAUCCAUCCAUUUUCUGUACUGCUUAUCCUACACAGGAUCAUGGGGAGCCUGGAGUCCCAGGGGACUCGGGCACAAGGUGGGGGACACCCUGGACUAGGUGCCCACCCAUUGCAGGCUGCGAGCACACACACAUACACGCACUACGGACAAUUUAGAGAUGCCAAUCAGCCUACAACGCAUGUUUUUGGAUGCGGAGGGCGGAGUACCCCUGAAACCCCUGAACCAUGGGGAGAACAUGCAAACCCCACGCACACAGGGCGGAAGUGGAACUCGAACCCCCAACCCCGGAGGUGCGAGGCAAACGUGUCAGAGGCGUAACUGCAUGGGUGGGGACACAGGAGUGUUUUGCCGUGCAGAAUAAAACUCUGAAAUACUUUCAUUUGAUGAAAACCAUGACCAAGGUCUAUGCAUCAUUCGUAACUCCUCUGCUAAGUUAAUAAGUCCCCUAUUUUGCAAAAUAUGUCUGGUCUGCAUUUCCUUUUCAGGGUAAGAGCCUCAACGCCCACUAAAACUUUUGUAGCUAAUUACCGACAUUUUCUUACAGAGAGAGGCUCUCUGGCGAGUAGUAAUUUCCAUUCACGCAAGUUUGCGCAGAAAAAAAGAACGGAAGACGGAGAAAGUUCAAUAUCGCAGUACAACGAAUUUGAUUAUGCGUUGUCCACAUCGUUUGUAAAGAGCAGUUUGAUGUCAAGAUGUCCUGUUAUUCUGUGCCUGAGGGUCAGCAUCAGUAGCGUCGGUAGCGAGGAUGCGCUUUCUAAACUUCCCUCGUCUAUUCGAAGAACGUUUUCAUCAUCAUCAUCAUCCUUCACUUUGUCUCGAUGAGCUCACCUGCCAGAAAAUCGCUUUCUUUGAAUCUGCCCUCAUUCGGACCGUUUUGCAUCUGACGCACUCCCGUCCUACUUUCCCCUCAUCAACCAUUGCGUCGAAUAACAAGUGCUCCAUGAGAGAGAGAGAGAGAGAGAGAGGGAGAGAGGGAGGGGGGGCGCUGUUCCAUACUUCUUCCUGUGCGCUCUUUUCUCCUCCUUUUCUCUUCUCUGUUCUCAGUCUCGGGGUUGUGCACACACAGGGCACAGGUUCGCCUUCUUUCGCCUUUCUACUACAGAAAAGCACAUUACUGGCGCAAGAUUGUUUAGGGAUGCGAUCAAUGAUGUUCCUGUCUCUGCUGCUGUGUGCCAUCUGUCCCUUUGUCCUGCUGUCCUCUGCUGUCCCUGUACCAGGAACAGAUGAAACCAGGCUCUUGCAAGUGAUGAUCCCCGACAGCCCUCCAGUGUCAGCCGUUUUGGGAGGAUCCUUAACCCUGCAUUGCCAUGUAUCACUGCCACCCCUGUCCUUCUUGGGCCGCUUUGCUGGGAACACCAUGCCGCGGGUAAAGUGGAGCAUGCUCUCCUCUGGACGAGAGACUGAGAUCCUGGUAGCACGAGGGGAGAGGGUGAAAAUCAGUGAGCCUUAUAAAGGUCGGGCCACUCUGCCGAACUAUGACUCCUCUCCAACUGAUCUCACCCUCCGGCUGGACAGUCUGAGGCACAAUGAUACAGGAUUCUACCGCUGUGAGGUCCAGCAGGGACUGGAGGAUGCUCAUGUUCUGGCUCAAAUCAAAGUGAAAGGCGUUGUGUUUCACUAUCGACAUGCCUCCAAUCGCUACGCAUUCUCUUUUGGUGAGGCCAAGAAUGCAUGUGAAGACAUUGGAGCUCAGAUUGCCACUCCAGAGCAGCUUCUGGCAGCAUACAACAGUGGUUAUGAGCAGUGUGAUGCUGGCUGGUUAGCAGAUGGAUCUGUCAGAUACCCUAUCCAUACGCCUCGUGAGGGAUGUUUUGGAGAUAUGGAUGGCCUGCCAGGGGUCCGGAACUAUGGCAUGAUGGAGGCCGAUGAGCUUUAUGAUGUUUAUUGCUACAUAGAAAACAUACAUGGCAAAGUGUUCUACGGAUCUACCUCACAGCGAUUCACACUGGCUGAGGCUAAAGCAUAUUGUGAACAACAGGGGGCACAAUUAGCCAGUACAAGCCAGCUAUACGCUGCAUGGAAUGAUGGUCUUGAUCACUGUAGCCCAGGUUGGCUAGCUGAUGGUAGUGUACGCUAUCCUAUUGUAAACCCCCGAGAGCGGUGUGGGGGGUCUGAACCUGGCGUUAAGACAGUCUAUCGUUACAGCAAUCAGACAGGCUUUCCUGAGCCUCACACUCGCUAUGAUGCCUACUGCUUCAGAGCGGUCCUUAGUUCUCAGACAGACAUUGGCCAGGACAUUGUGACCUUAGCUGACACAGAGGAAGAGUUCAGUCUAGGUCAUGUGACUCAGAAGACAGAAAGUGAGGCUCAAGGGGCUGUUGAGAUUUUCUCAUUCUCCAGUAAACACACAGUUAAGACAGAGGAGCAUGACCCUACACCAUCCCCAUUUGAUAAAGUUCAUACAACCAUUGCUAGCAGAAUUAUCCUCACCACUCCAGCAAUAUAUGGACAGAAACCUGAGCCGACUCAGAGCUCCUGGCAAGAAGUGCUCAUCAAGCCCAUUGAUUCUGAGGCAGUGCCAAAGAUACACCUGGAACCCAGCUGGACUCAACCAAAGUCAGCAGAAGACCAAGAUAAAGAGAAUAGUACAGUCAAUUCAGAAGUGAAGACACACGAUCAGUUAAUGCCAGACAUCAACCUGGAGCUGGGUGAGCAAGUGGAAUACAACAUAUUUGCAGAGAGUAAACCAAACACAACAACUGACAACAUGGAGCCAUUAUAUGAGUUUACGGAGAAUGGAGUAUCUGAAUCCAUGCCUGAGACCAUCCUUGACAAUCAAGGUGAAAGCCAUGUGGAUGAGCAUUCCACUGUAAUAGAAGAACAAGCAGGUAACUUCACUGUGGCAUUGGAAUCAGAUGUCAGUCUGGACUUCAGAACUCAGACCACUUCUUCAGAAAUUACUGAGGGCUCAGGAAAUGAAUUGACUACAGCAUUCACUGAGAAGAUUGGCCCCAAUGUCACAGUGAGACAAGAUGAUUCGUAUGAACGUUCAUCAUCUGAAGUCACCACAGAGAGUUCUUUGCUGGAAGAUAUAAGUCAACCAACAAUGAGUUUUGAGCAAAGUCAUGAGCAGACUGUUGCAACAGUCACUUCCAGUACUGUAGCUCAAGUGGAGCAAGAAACAGGACAUACUUCAGCAGCUGAAUCCCUAGUAGUGUCUCUUGGUUCAGCUGAUAAUGAUGGUGAUCAUGAGUCAGGUGUGACUGCGAUACCUGUACAUUUUUCAGAGAAACAAACAGAACCCAUUGAUGGUUCUGGUGAUGAUGAGAAUGUGCUACUGUUGACUCUUCUGACUGCACCGGCGCCUCACCUGUUGGGCACAUCAAUUUCCCCAAAUGCAUUAGUUGUGGAGGCUAGUUCCCCUCAGGAGUUGGACAUUACUGUUCCAGAGAUCAGUACUCCAUCUGGCAUCAGCAUCAUAAAGGAGGAGGUGAAGCAGUUUGAGCAGGAGAGGGUGGAAAAUGCACCUGUCCUCCAUCCCAUGCCAGCAACACCACUGACUGAGACCAAGACAAUGUCAAGCAAAGACAGCACUGGCCAUGAAGAUAACUCAUCAGGAACAGACAACUCUUCUGGAAUGGGAUCUUUAGUCUCAGAUCUCUCCUAUCUCAAUGCCACUCCCAUCAUACCCUUCAACUCCACAUACCUGCUGAACAUAACAGAGGUUAAUGAUACUGAAAAUGUUCCCAGCACCACUCAUUUUGCUGUGGCGGUUACACUGAUCCCAGACAUGACCCUGACACCAAUUUGGGACCCUAUGACCCCUCCCACCCCACCACAGGAGUUCCGGGCAGAUGUGGAGCUCAGCAGUGACACUCCAGUAAUCACAGAUGAUCCUGACUUCUCAGCCGAGUCAGACUCUACUGCAGCUCCUACCACUGAGAACCCUGAAGAGACCCAGAGUCUGACCUCCUCCGUGGCAACCAAUGACCAGGAACGUGAAGAUCAGGACCUGAUUCCCACCACAGAAUCUCCAAACAGCAAGGAAGAGGAAGAACUGACAACCCCAACACACCAUACAACACCACCUCCCAGACUAACAGAGAGAGUGCUGGACAGAACAGGCAGAUCAGAUGACUGUUUGGAGAAUCCAUGUGCUAAUGGAGGCACCUGCGUAGACAUCGGUACUAGUGUCAGAUGCCUGUGUCUGCCAACCUAUGGGGGAGAAUUCUGCCAAACUGAUCUGGAGCAGUGUGAGCCAGGCUGGGAAAAGUUCCAGGGCAACUGUUAUAAGCACUUCUCAAAACGUCAGAGCUGGGAGGUGGCAGAGCAGCACUGUCGGAUGUGUGGCGGUCACCUGGUCUCUGUUAUGUCACCUGAAGAGCAAUAUUUCAUCAACCAUAAGUAUAAGGAGUACCAGUGGACUGGUCUCAAUGACAGGACCAUUGAGGGUGACUUCCGCUGGUCCGAUGGAAACCCGCUGCUGUAUGAGAACUGGUAUCGUGGUCAGCCUGAUAGUUAUUUCCUAUCAGGAGAGGACUGUGUGGUGAUGGUAUGGCAUGAUGAUGGGCGCUGGAGUGAUGUGCCCUGUAACUACCAUCUGUCCUACACUUGCAAGAAGGGCACCACUGCAUGUGGCCAGCCACCUCUUGUCUUGAAUGCUAAGCAGUUCGGUGAGCGACAAGCGCGAUAUGUGAUUAACGCUCAGGUGCGUUACCACUGUGAGGAGGGUUUCCUUCAGCGACACAAACCCAUCAUCAGGUGCCAAAACAAUGGACGGUGGGAGGAGCCACAGAUCACCUGUACACCACAACCAGUGGAUUUAAGUAGAAAACAAGUUACAUUGCCUUCUGCAAAGAACUAGGAAGCCACAGAAAAUGCGAAACCACAGUGAUGGAGCUUUUAAACCAACCAGCUUCUUUGUUUUUUCUUUCUAUGCUCCAUUACCUUUCCUUUAAGAGACCUGCAUUACUCAUCAGUGUCAGUGUUUCAAUCAAAAACACUGUUGUACAUCACACUUGUAUUGUGCUACUCCAUUCAUCAGCUUAUUUCAUACGUUUUUCUCUUUUCUGAAGGAAAUGACACUGAAUUACUUAUUUUGUAAUUCUAUGACACAAAAAGCAUAACUUUCACCCAACCAGUAAGUUACUACAGAACACAUUUUCCAAACAAUAGCGGUAUAUAUUAAAGCACUAGCAAAAAUUGCAAAAUGCAAAUGCGACUUAACCCCAUCCUGGUCUGAAUUAAACUGAUGCCACUGUCUCAUAAUGACUUCAUUUCAUCCCACUGAUAGUUCUCAUUACUGCCACCAGUAGGCAGAACAACAUGGCCAGGGUGAAUGGGAGCUCAGAAAUGAAAUAACCCAUUGCUAAAAUCAAUCCGAUGAGAAAUAGAAAAGGUAACAGCUCAUCUUCAGUGACCCAUUUGUUUAUUAGUAGCCUUUGACUGUUACAUCCUCACAUUCACAGAACCUGAUAUGUAAUCAAAACCAUGCCUUUAGCAUCAAAUUGGAUUUAAAAAUAUUCAUAGAUUCUAUAAUUUACUCUAAGUAAACAUGGAAAAAGAGGGUUAGCAGUGGCAGGCCCUGGCUUACUUCACUUAAACCCAGCAGUGGAAAUAAGGUUAAUAAUACUCUCUGGCUGCUGUCAUUCUGACAUUUGUACUCAGUAAAACCUGUGUUCCUCAGCCAUGUAGAAUAUGUUUAUAGUCAACCCAAUUGGUGUUUAAGAAUCAAUUUCCAGUAUUUCAUCACACCUUUCAGUUAGGUAAAGCGCUGACCAAGAAUCAUCAAAUCCAGCAUACAGAUUCCCAGACAACAUGCUAGUUUUACUGUGGUCUUGUAUAUCUCUUGAUUGAGAGCCUCAAUUUUUACAACACCAAAAACUGCCUUGACAUUUCAGUAUCCAAGCUUCAAGAGAACAAUAAGCCCUUUAUUGACUCUUUAAGAAAACAAGCAUCCUUAGAUACAGUGAGAUAUAAUAAAUUUAUUAAAGAAAA